AUGAGCCAUGGUGACGUCGAAACGGCUUUCAGUCGACCGGACGGGUUUCCCCUUGCCAUUGACGUCGGCGAAGUUUCUCCACCAGCAGCCGACACCCCAAAUGAUCGCAAGUUGGUGCUUAUCAAGCCCCUCAGCAAGUUCACUUGUUGGCUGAUCGGCAUGGGCCUAGUGCUGCCCUUCACGGUCUCCAUCCCUGGGCUGGAACCUUUUCGGAAGGAGAUCAUCGGAAGCUCCUGUUUGAUGAUCUUCAUGGGGACGCUUGUUCGCAUGCGACUGCAGCGCUGCCGAUCCGAGCUGAUGCAGAGCAUGCAGGGAGAAACCGACGCGCUGCAUGGCAGCAAGCACGACAUGCACGACUUCCACUGCAUGCAGGUUCAGCUGCGAGACCCUGUUGAAGGACCAAUAAAGACGGUCUCGGACAAGGCGUCAGUGCUCGACCCAGCUUUUGCUGGAGCUUCUGGAGACCAGAACACGCAAAGCACGUGCCUCUGCUGCCUCGAAGAUUUCGAGGCUUCAGCAGUCGUUGCCCUUCUUCCAUGCGGUCACAUUUUCCACGAGGACUGCAUCAUGGCAUGGACGGUGGCCAAACGUCGGGCAUCGAGAGCUUGCCCGGUCUGCAGGGCAAAUUUCAUGGUGGUGUGA